AUGCUCACUCCAGAAUGCUACGUGGGGGUAGCGAAAGACCUAUAUGAUUGCGGCUACCCCGCGGACGAAUGCCCUCCAUACAUGGUUAUCUAUGAAACGCUCCGAACCAUUUGCGAGAAUCAACAAGAAAUCCUGGAGAACCAAAAGGACGUAGAUGUCCUGUUGUCCGUUCUUUCGGCUUUGCCUCAACUCAGGGAAAUAGAAAUGGAUUUCUGUCAGUCAAUCGAUGAACCCCAAUGGGUCGACUCAUACCUUUCAUUUGGCACCGCGAAAGAAGUGUCGAAUAUACUUCACAUACGGACUGUUACAAAGGCUCUGCAAAGGAGAUCAGGGUGCACAGCUCCCUUGGUAACAAUAGGAUUGUCCUCUCUGGAACCUCCGCACUAUCAUUUUUGGGAGCUGCCGAAGUUUCCCAGCCUGUCUGGUGCAUUGGAACUUUUGCUCAAGCAUUGUACGACUUUGCGAAUAACUGGCAAUGGCGCGGCUCUAGAGUUACUCGCUCGAUCUACCGUGAAGAUUCGACAGCUGAUUCUAGGGCCCAUAAACAUCUCAUAUAUAGCGUGGCAGGAGUUCCUGAAAUCUAACCGGCAAACCAUCGUCUCGAUUGGAUUUUAUCACACGUACCUGGUCAGAGGUUCGGGCGAGAUCCUGGAAUUUUCCCCUAAACUGCUUUCCGAUGUGCUCCCUGGCGUUGCAUUCACGACACGAAAGUCGACGGAUCACUGGAAGAUGCCAUAUUGGGAAACAGGCUGGAUAAUUCAGCUAGGAUCCUGA